GGAGGGAGGUACGGGGGCCACCCUGGGGUGCGGAGCGGAAGGACCUACAGGCCGUGCCCCCUGGAGGAGCUCCGGCAGACGGGGGACCGGUGGACCCGCGGGGCGCCGCCCCGGAGGCAAGCGCAUGGCAGCCCCCGCGCCCGACCCGCAGUUCAUUCUGCGCGGUGCCGGCUCGGCCGUGCGUGCGCUGCACUUCUGCAGUGGAGCCCAGGGACGCCCGCUGCUCCUCUCGGGGUCGCUGCGUGGGCUGGUGCACAUCUGGAACCUGGAGACACGGAGGCCGCUCGCCGCCCUGGACGGCCACGGGGGCCAGUGUGUGACCUGGCUGCACACGCUGCCCCAGGGGCCCCAGCUCCUCAGCCAGGGCCGUGACCUGCAGCUGUGCAUGUGGGACCUGGCGGAAGGCAGGAGCGCCGUGGUGGACGCCAUGCGCCUGGAGAGCGUGGGCUUCUGCAGGGCCUCUGUCCUGGCCGAGGGCCCGCAGCGCUGGAUGCUGGCCGUGCCCGGGAGGGGCAGUGACGAGGUCCAAAUUCUGGAGCUGCCGUCCAAGACGUUGGUGAGCUGCCUGAAGCCCGAGGCGGGGGCCAGGCUGGGCAUGCCCAUGUGCCUGCAGCUCUGGCAGGCCGAGUCCAGCCCCCACCCACUGCUCCUGGCCGGUUACGAGGACGGCUCGCUGGCCCUGUGGGACGUGUCCAUGAGGAAGGUGUGCAGCCGCGCUGCCUGCCACUCGGAGCCUGUCAUGGGCCUGGCCUUGGACCCGCGGAGGGCCAGGGGCGUGUCGGGCUCCGCGGAGAAGGCACUGGCCGUCUGGAGCCUGGAGGGGCAGCAGGCGCUGCAGGUGCGUGGGACCCACGAGCUCACCAACCCCGGCAUCGCCGACCUCAAGAUCCGGCCAGACAGCAAGAUCCUGGCCACUGCAGGCUGGGACCACCGUGUCCGCGUGUUCCAGUGGCGGACAAUGAGGCCGCUGGCCGUGCUGGCCUUCCACAGUGCCACCGUCCACUGCGUGGCCUUCGACGCCACGGGCCUGCUGGCCGCAGGCUCCGGGGACCAGCGUAUCAGCGUCUGGUCGCUGUACCCGCCCACGUGACUCAGCACGGUGGGGGUGCGGACAGAGGCGUGGGUCCUGGGCCCCCCGGGUCACUCAGGCCCCCUCCUGCCGAGGACCCAUUCCCCGUGACGCAGCGCACGUGGGCCCUGGUGGCUGAUGUUUACGGUAUAACCAGGCUGGACACGGGGCGCCUGACAUCCAGGCGAGAGGCCACCCCGCGCGCCUGACAAUAAACUUGUUUGCAG